GUUUGAAUAGCUCUGUUUGGGGCGAUUCGCAUUUGGAUGAGAUAUGAAGUGUUGCGAUAAUGCAAGAUGUAGGUGGGGGCAAAGAAGGGAGGGGAGGCGAAGAAGAAGAGAGAACCAGGAAAGGGCCAUCGCCAGUGGUCAAUUGGCGGAAAGAACAGAUGGUAGAGCCAGUCAAAACAAUGAAUUUCAGGAUGACGCGUUGCCAGCUGGUAGAAAAGCAAAAAGUCAAAAGUAAAACUGCCAGCUGGCGUUGAACAGAGGCGUGUCUCGCAGCUCGACCAGCAGAGUCUCUUUGAUGGAAUAAAAGAAAGCAUAGGCUGCGAUAGCUGGACGUAGACGCGGGAAAUGCAAUAGUGUUCUACUCCUUGUUGAAAAGGCAUACAACUUCGCAGUUACAAAUAAACCGCAAGGAGGUAUCAACGGGGGUUGGAGAUCUAAACGACUUGAAAUGCACCAAUAGCUGAGAUUAAGUCAAGUUCUUGAAAUCCCAGGGACAUCCACAAACAAAGUCAAAAGGAACAUUGAUCGUUUUAUUUUCAGAUACUAAGAUAACUUCCUCCGCCACUCAUCAGCCAAUCCGGUCGCCCCUUUUAAAUAUUUCCCCUGAGAUUA